AUGGCUUGCGAAGAGGAGGUAAACAAGCUGAAGGAGCAGGUCACCUGCGCCCUGUGCGGCCUCCUCUUCAAGGACCCAGUGACCAUGGGCUGCGGCCAUACAUCCUGCAAGGAGUGCGUGGCCAAGCUGGUCGUCACCAAGGAUGGCAAGGUGACCUGUCCGACCUGCUCGAAUGACUGCUCUCCCAUCGACAUCGUGGACAAUGAGUUGGCUGCCAAGUUGGUCGAGACCCUCAAGAAGAUCCUGGAGCUAAGCCCGUCUGAAAGCAACUUCUGCGAGAAGCACAACCUGCCCUACACCGUCUUCUGCCUGGAUGACAUGCAGCUGAUGUGUGACAAGACGGCCAAAGAGCACCCAAACUGCCGCACCAUCCCCAUCAAGGAGGCCGCCGAGCGCUUUAAGAAUGAUGUUAUUGACUUUCUGUUCCCACCACCAAUGCCCCCUCCCAGCCUACAGAAGGCAAACUUGUGCCUUGCAGACAGUAGACAGGCUUUAGGCAGACGAGAGGAAAAGCUCCAGCAAGCCUUGGAAUUCCUGGAAAAACAAGCAAAAGAAAAUGCAGGGCGUGAUGAGCAAAUGAACCUCGUAGACCUGAAGAACCAAGGAGACGUCGUCCGGGAAAAGAUCGAAAAUGCUUUCAACGCUCUGCGGAAGUUUCUGGAGAAGGAACAAGUUACCAUCCAGGGGCAGGUCGAGAUGCAAGAGGAACAUUUCCUGCAGCAACUGGAAGAAAGCACCACUCAAAGUGGAGUGAAUCCCGUCACCGUCGAUCACUUGAUCUCAGACAUUAAAAAGAAAUUACCGCAGGAAGAUAUUCCAUUGCUUAAGAACAUCGGCACGAUAUUUGACAAGUCAGGAAACCUAUUGAAGAAGCCCAAGGAAUUACCAAUAGAUCUGAGCCAGGGUGGAUUUAAUGUCCCUCUGCAGUAUGCCGUGUGGAAGAGGAUGUUCAAACAUAUUGAACCAGUUCCGAUGCUACUGACCCUUGACCCGCUGACGGCCAAUGCCCACCUCAUCCUGUCCGGGGAUGGCACCGAGGUGAAGGUGGGAGAGAAGCAGGAGGAUAUCCCUGACAACCCGGAGCGUUUCAGUCGCUGGCUCAGCGUGCUGGGCUCGGAGGGUUUCUCAUCGGGCAGGCACAGCUGGGAGGUGGAUGUGGACGAAAGCACGGUCUGGCAACUGGGUGUCGCCAAGGCUUCGGUGCCCAGGAAGAGGGGCUUUGCGCCCUUCCACUGGCAGGAGAGCCGCAAGUUCUUCACGCCGGAGCCCCAGGCCGGGGUGUGGGCCCUGGCUCUGCAAGACGGAGAUUACACAGCCCUCACCUCGCCCCCCAUCGAGCUCCAGAUCAAGGACAAGCUGAGGAGGGUCGGGGUCUUCCUGGACUACAGCGCGGGCCAGGUCUCCUUCUACAACGCCGAUGACGUGUCCCACCUCUACACCUUCAAGGACACCUUCACCGAGACCAUCUUUCCCUACUUCUACAUUGCCCACAAGGGGGAUACUCUGAAACUCAUCACCCUGGGCCUGUAG